UGAACGUUGUUAAAAAACUUUGGGAUUUGAAUAAAUCAUACUAAAUGUAAACUUGUAUAAGUACACUGGCUCAAAUGUUUAAUUUUACAUGUGAUUUAAGAAACGUUUUACAACAUUCGAAUAACAAACAUAUGAGGAAGGCAUGUUUUAUUAGCAAGCGUUAUAUGGAGCGCUAUUAAUCAAAAGUAAGUUUUGUUCAUUGCCUCGCCAAAUAUACUAUUACUAAAACCCGGGCAACAGACCACUGUAACUUACAACUUUCGGAAAGCCUCAGUGUUCUUUAAACAGUCGUCUAUGAAACUGUAAAUUUGGACGGCUCAUAACCUACACCUGGGCAUUUGUGCGGACAAUGACUGACAAAGCAAAGCAGACUCCCUUAAAAAGCAUCGGUGCGCAAGCGCUGGUAGAACUCUCCCGAAAGUGCUUUCAUGAAAAGUUGAGGAAGAAGGAUAAAUUUAGAUCGCUUUUCCGUGUUAAAUGGUCCCAAAAGUUUGUAGUUGUUGCCCAUGCGUGCUUAUAUAUCUAUGGCGAUGAAGAGAGUAAAAACUAUGAUACUGCAUUCUCUAUGGCAGUCUUUAAAUGUGUUAAUGAGCACAAAAACGGUGACCGGUAUUUUUACCUGACAUUCAACGAUCCGGACUGGGAACACAUCGUGUUUUGCUGUGAUUCAAAUAAGUCGCAAAAGAAAUGGAUGAAAACACUCAAAGCAGCAAUUGAUCAGGCGUCAGACUCAGGAAUAGGCCAUGAUGACGAAGCCGAACAGACAGAUGAUGAGGAUAGCGAUGACGAGACGGACAAUAUUUCGGCAAUGACAGCGGCGAAAAGACCCGACACCUAUAUGCAAAUAAAUGACAGCGACGUACUGUCAACAGCCUUACAAGUUGAGCCACGAUCCGCUGUGCUGAUGCCGCAAAAUCACACUAGAAAAGAACAUCGAGACGAUAUGGACAAUCAUUCGAAGCUGAAAUCCACCAAUUACAGAUUAUCUUCAUCGUCUAUAAGUUCAACAGAUUCAGAAAGCGCAUACCUGAUUGUUUCUGGCGGAAAAGAAUCUUUAGUUCCAACAGCUGGCGCGUGUUGUACGUCGAAAUGCAACAACGAUGAAGAGCCUCACUAUGAAAUCCCCGAUAGCAACUUGUCCCCAUCAAACAAAACUAAACAAGUAAAGUCAGUAACAACACGGGACAAGCCGCGAUCCGCUGUGCCGUUGUCGCAACAUCACAAUCCUGCAGGUUCUGUACAGCCACAUUUAUCCCUGGUUCAAGAAGCUGGAAUUCCGUUACAGGAGGAACCACUAUACAAUAAUUGCCACGGUUCUGCACAGCCACAUUUACCCCUGGUUCAAGAAGCUGGACUUCCGUUACAGGAGGAACCACUAUACAAUAAUUGCCAAGAUCACCUUGGAUACAAUGGCAAACAUAACCAUGGGCAGUGCAAAAUUAAAAGAGAAACAGAAUCAAUAAACACCAUCGGUCAUGUGUCUGUCAGACUAGGUAAUUCUCCGACAGCAUUAAAGAAGAAAGGCAAAUCAACAAAGAUCCCGGUAAACAAACACGAUCAACCCACCCCAAAACUGUCAACUACGAUACGUAAAACACUUCCAAGAAGCUCCCAAUCUGCAAAAUUACAAGAAGAUAUGGAAGCACGUCUUCACAAAAAGGGUUCUGCACAGCAAACUCUACCCCUGGUUCAAGAAGCUGGAACUCUGACACAGGAGGAACCACUAUACAAUAAUUGCCAAGAACAUGCCGAUGAUCAAACUUUAACAUUAAAGAUGAAACGAGCGAAAGAGUUAGUAAACCAUAAUCCGGACGAUAAAGAUGAGAACUGCUAUGAAGAUGUGUUACAAGGAAGAGGUACACAUGAUAUAUCCACGGAUCACCUGGGGAACGAUGGCAAACAUUCCCAUGGGCAGCGCCAAAUAAAAAGAGAAACAGAAUCAACAAACUCAAUCGGUCAUGUGUCUGGCAGACAAGAUAAUUCUUCGACAGCAUUAAAGAAGAAAGGCAAAAUAACAAAGAUCCCGGUCAACGUACACGGACAACCCACCCCAAAACUGUCAACUACGAUAAGUAAAACACUUCCAAGAAGCUCCCAAUCUGCAAAAUUAAACGAAGAAAUGAAAGCACUUUUUCACAAAAAGGGUUCUGCACAGCAAACUCUACCCGUUGUUCAAGAAGCUGGAAAUCUGUCACAGGAGGAAACAUUAUACAAUAAUUGCCAGGAUCUGUAUGAGAAUUUGAAAAGACCGGCCCAGAAAAGUGUUAAGAGAGAUACAGAUAAAACUCAGUAAAAGUCUAGUCGGGUCGCUCAAUAUUUUCUAAAGCAAGUUUGUUAUCAUGCGUCCUACAUUAAUUCUAAUUUGUUAACAUGUAUAAAUUAAACAAAACUAGUUUAAUAUUGCAUAUAUUGUUCGAUUUUACACACACUAGGAACAUUUACAUUAUUAUGAUACCAUUAUAUUUUUUCUAGUCUUUUUGUUCAAGUUUGCUCCUGUGUUUGCAGGAUACGUAAAAUAAGUAUACCAAAGAAUAUCUUGUUUUCCUUUCAUGUUUUUCGAUUAUGCAUUUGUUUUUAUAAGUAAAAUAGAAAUAGUAAAUACCAUGAAUCAAAUUGGACAAAUGUUUUAAUCCACUGAAAAUACAAAUUUGUUUUGCUACGAUUUUGACUUUGUAUAUUAUUUCAUUCGGUUAAUGGCGACCAGUAUCAUUUGGUCAUAUAUUCGUGCGCUGUUCAAUUGUACAUUUAUGUUAUGGAACUUUAAAGCAUUAAUCAAAGGUAACUGAUAAUUGUUUGUAAAAUGUUUGAAUUUUAGCAUGAAAUAAUAAACUUUG